CAUUUUGUGGAUUUCACGGGAGGUUUAAAUUGGGAGUGAAAAGCAUGGCUGACGAGCAAGAAAUUAUGUGCAAACUCGAGAGCAUCAAGGAGAUCAGGAAUAAGACUUUGCAGAUGGAAAAAAUAAAGGCACGACUGAAAGCAGAAUUUGAAGCCCUGGAGUCUGAGGAGAGGCAUCUGAAAGAAUACAAACAGGAAAUGGACCUGCUGCUGCAAGAGAAGAUGGCCCAUGUGGAGGAGCUGCGGCUGAUCCACGCUGAUAUUAAUGUGAUGGAGAAUACUAUCAAGCAGUCAGAGAAUGACCUCAACAAGUUAUUGGAAUCUACUCGUCGCCUGCAUGAGGAGUACAAACCCCUGAAGGAGCACGUAGAUGCUUUACGGAUGACUUUGGGGUUGCAGAGGCUGCCAGAUCUUUGCGAGGAAGAGGAGAAACUGUCCCUUGAUUACUUUGAAAAGCAGAAAGCAGAAUGGCAGACAGAACCACAGGAGCCUCCUAUCCCAGAGUCUCUGGCUGCAGCUGCAGCUGCUGCCCAACAGCUGCAAGUGGCUAGGAAACAAGAUACCAGACAGACAGCAACUUUUAGACAACAACCACCUCCAAUGAAGGCAUGUUUAUCGUGUCACCAGCAAAUUCAUCGGAAUGCACCCAUAUGUCCACUCUGCAAAGCAAAGAGCCGAUCUCGGAAUCCCAAAAAGCCCAAGAGGAAACAGGAUGAAUGAGGAAGGACAGAAGAUUGAGAACGACACAUGUGACCAGUCCCAAUACCUUUCCAGUAGAACUGUAAAUGUAGCCAGACUUUAUCAAGUGCAGACUCAAAUACGACCUACCCAUUGUUUUCUAUUUAAUGUUAUGCAAGCACAAUGUUUCUUUUCUAUCUUAAUUUCCUUCCAGUCCUUAAGAUUUGGUUUUAGGAAAUGAAGUAUAAUUGGUGCUAUAGUUUAACAUUUCAAAUAUUGCAAAUUUUGGAGUCCUAAAGAAAAGAGGAUUCUAAUGUAAGUAUCCUAAAUGUCAGUCUAUGCCUAUAGGCCAAAUGUAAUUACCACAAACUCUUUUAUGUCCUCUUUUUUAAGCAGAUGCUACUAAAAGAUCAUUCUAAUUUUCUCCUGAUAACAGGAGACUACUUUAAGUGAAGAAAUAGCAGUCUCUGUCUGUUUCACUAAAGAACAACUUGUUUACCUGGCUAGUAAUACUACAUAGGUUUGGGUAUCAAGUAGAACUGUUUUUAUAAUGGACAUGUCAUGAAAAAAAAAUGUAUAUACAGGAAAUCAGUAUAUUAAGGACACAAGCGAAUUUUGAUUAUUUACUAGAGUUUGAUUGUGCUACUACUUCAAACUUGGCUAAAAAUUUGGAAGGCGGAUCAAGUUAUAGGAUGUGUAUGAAUUACUAAAAAAGACAUUAAUUUAUGAGGAUUUACCAUCUUAAUGUUGUAUUAUUUUCAGCAGUCAGAGGACUAACUUGUAUAAGGCUCAAAUGAACUGCGUUAGUGGUCUUCCUAGGAUCUAUGGCCAACAAGCUCACUAUGGUUCUCCAGAGAUCACACAUCAAAUAACCAAUAUUUCUUUGCCUCUGUGACUCCAACAUCAGCCAUUCUGCAUGUCUUCUCUUCCUGGUUUCUACUACCAAAAAUCUCCCUUAGCAGACUUCUCCUCCAGUGGAUCACAGGGAACUUCAAUAGCAUGCACCAGAAGCAACUAAAAAUGAUACAUUUCACCAGAAUUGUCUGUUCUGUUCUGGGGGGGGAGGGUUGUUUUGUUUCUCUCCCACCCAGAAAACUCACUAGUCGUUCGUCUUUCUGUAAGUCAUUUUCAAACUAGCUUAAUUUUAGCCCAAGCUAGUUUCGUGUUAGGCACAUGUGCCAAAAGGACCCUGAUGAGAGGAUCCUUCAGACUUCUCACUGUAUCUGCGUCUUCCUGUUCUUUCAUCUCAUGUAACAACAGCUCCUGCAAAGGGGAAGAUGGUGGUGACCCAACUACAGAAUUGGGGCUUAAAACUUAUCCAAACCAAACUUGGUUUCCAGUUCCAGUUUUGUCAUUAGUUUUGCUGUCUGAACUGAUACUAAGUCUUAAAUAGUCUUUCCACUAACUUUAGGAGGCAGGGGCUGCCUGUCUAGAUUCUUCCUCUCUUUUUAGCCCAAUUCUUUCCUCUACUAUUAUGCUAUAGUGGUUAUAUUGAGAAUUUUGCUUGUUAAAAGGAAGAACAGGGAAGCCUCAAACCUCUGAUAAGAAGACAAUCAAAUACUGGGAACUAUACAAAUCCACGUGAAGAUUUUUCUGGUUAAAUCACGUAUAUUGCCAUGAAUUUCCCAGCUCUACCAUAAAGCACAUGAGUAUUUUAUUGAAGAUAGUCCUAUAAUUUAUGGCCAGUUCAGCUGGUAUUAUUCCACUUUAAUGUUUCACAGCCAAACAAACAUCUCUCAACGGCAGAGACAGAACAUGAACCACGUGCUCCCGAAAAUACAUAAAGAGCAGUUUGUUACUUGCAUUACUGGGACUUGAUCUCUGUGUUACGGUGAAGCUAGUCUGACCCCACAUUCUCUUCACCAGAUGGCAGCAAUGCUUUAAUUUUGUAUCCUUAUGCAUAUUUCCUAACACAAAUAUUGGAUUCUUCCUUUAGGUAUCAGAGUGGCCAUAUGGUGUCUGCCCUGCUCAGAGCAUUUUAUUGGGCUUAUGAAAAAAUGUGCAUAGUUAAGAGGAUAGCACAUAAGCUCCUCCUAAUUGCAAGCAUGAGAGCAGAAUACUUCUGAUAAUGGAAGUACAUAAAUUUUAAAAGUAGUGACAGUGGGUGAAUGUUCUGCAAUAAACCAGUGUGCACAGAAGGACAGAUUUGUAAAAACUUGGACUUAUAAUCUAGAAGGUCCUGAAAUAAAUGGAGUUAGUCCUAGUUGCUCUCACUUCACUGCUACUUUCCAAGGUUACUUACUUCUUGGAGAUCUCUAAAGCUGUAAACUGAAGCAUGCUUGGGGACUGACCAUUUCCUAAUUCAGUAAGUCUGUUUUGUACUUUCACUUCUUAAAAAUAGUGUCUUGUGCCCUUGUGUUUAACAAUUUUUUAUUUUUUUUUUAAGAAAGAAGCUAACAGCCUUUGUUUGUAUCAGUCAUGGAUUAGUAUUUACAUAUCUGUUUUCACAUCCUUCAUGAAGUUACGAAUUGUGUGCAUUUGCAUCACUCAAACUACUUCAAGGAGGCAAAAUCUGUACUAUAUAUUAAGGGAUCCUGGGUGGGGGAGAAGCAGAAUCUUUUUUUAAGGAAAUAUUUCUCUUUCUCUCAUAGAUUAAUUAAGGAGGUUUAUAUGAAUAGCUUUUCACAUGACAACCCUCAGGCCUUUUCUCCCAUCCUCUUUCUCAAGAAACUACAGAGAUAAUUAUGAAACAUUGAUUUAUUGCUCUUUUAAGUAUAUAAGGAAGCUGUCUGAAGUACAGCUCUUAUCACAAAACUUCUACAUUUUUGAUCCGUGGAGAACCAAUGGUGUUUCCCUUUGUACCUGAGGUUCUUUGAGGUUAUUUCAUCACUAAGUUCAGUUUAUCAUUAUUGUUUGGGUUAAAUUCUCUUAAUAGUUACACAGAGACCCUACUCUUGUACUCUGAAAGGCUGUUCAAGCCUGAAUAGCUUACAAGACUUUGUAUUACUAAAAUCUGGUGUAACUCUGGCUUUGUCAUUCCCUUUGCAAUCCAGUGAUUUUGCUGUUGCUUGAAUAGUGAUUCUUUUGUUGCAGUUCCUACCUUGCCUAGAAGGAUACUCCCAUUUUCUGCAACUGAAUAGCAAAGAAUACACAAGCCUCCCUCUCCCCCACCCUGCCUUCCAAACAUCUUGAAAGAGCAAGAACACUGUACUGUGCUUAAAGGCUUUGCUGUGGGAAUAUUUGUAUCUAAGAUGGGGUAACUCAGUUGUUCAGACUUUAGUGCCAAGCACCUCAUUAACAAAAUAGAGAAAUCAUAAACAAAAUUCUAAUACUUGCACUUAAUGAGUUCAAACUUAGCCUUCUAAACAGCAGGCUUGUGAUUGACUGAACCUGCCAGUGGCUUUGAGUUGGAGAACUGGAUCUACUUUUGAAAGAACAGCCACUUCAUAUACCAGACUACUCAAGAAGUUAAGAUUUUAACAGCUUUUUAAAUAAAGAAAAGUGCUUUCCUUUAUUUUACGGUUUUCUGUUAACAAAAAAAAAAAUCAUGGCUUUUAUUUUAGCAUUUAGGUAUCUUAGCAAUACCUUGAGUUUCACUGGCUUCUAUGUUCUGAAUACUUUACUCCUGUGCCCAGUUGGAGUAACAGUGUGCUACCUGUUUAACUUGUCUGUACUUCCUUUUUAAUAAACAGUUGUUUCAUGUUAA